AUGUCGUCCCAACCGUCGUUUUCGUAUCGAAAUUUUAGUAACUUUUUAUCUCAGAAUUUGGAACCGAACCUUCGCCAACACCUGGCCAAAGUGUACACCUGUAUGGCUCUUACGUGCGCUGCGGCAGCAACCGGUUCGAUCGGGCAUCUGACCAAGCUAUGGAACGCGGGAUUCCUAUCGGCUUUCCUGAAUUUUGCAGCUCUAGUGGCACUCCUUUUAAUCCCAAAACGAAGUAUCAAUCGCAAAACUCGCCUUUCCCUGCUGCUGGUGAUUGGGACGCUUACCGGACACGUUUUGGGAUUGCUCAUCGAACAGGUAAUGGUGGUGAAUCCGGCUUUCGUUGUCACCGCUCUCCUGGGUACGACCAUAAGUUUCAGCUGGUUGAGCUUGUCGGCAAUCCUGGCUCGUCGAGGAAGUCACCUAGUCCUUGGAGGUAUCCUGUCAAGCAUUACCUGUGCCCUGAUCAUGGUAGGAGCGGGCAACUUGUUCUAUCAAUCCUGGAUUGUACACAAGCUGAGCCUGUACUUGGCCCUCGCGGUGAUGUGUGGUUUGGUGCUGUUCGACACGCAAGUGGUUAUGGAGGAGUAUCGAUUGGGAAAUGAUGAUUACGUCACUCACGCAUUGAAGCUGUUUCUCAACGCAGUGGACAUUUUCCGUUUACUGAUGGCGAUUCUCGUAACCAAGUCAGACAACCAUCGAAGAAGAAGAGACAGUGAUCGAGAAGAUUGA